GCAUCAGUGCUUCUGGCCCAAUCGGGAAGCGGGAAAUCUCCAGUCGUACGGAUUCAUUUUUUUGGCGCCUUCCCCAUUAUUGUUCGAUCAUCAAUCUCUCUUACCCGUGUUUCUCGCAGUCAGAUUGAGAGGCUCUUAUCCACAGCGAUGGAUGAGCUCUUUGAUGUCUUUGAGGACAAUCCCCAGGCUCUUGGGUUGUCCAACGAGCCCACCAAGCAUCGUCAAAAAAAAGAUAAGAGCAAGAAGCGCCAAGCGAAUGGCGAUGUAAAAGACAGCAAAUCAGUCCCAGAACCGAAGGCGGAUGAGAUACCGAUAGAGGCGCCUACUAAUGGCGCAGCAACAGAGGAUCAUAGUCCCCGAAAUAACGAGAACGGCCAACCCGAAGCGAAACGUCAACGGUUGCAAGACGAACCGGAGCCAGUCGUCGCAGACACAUUCGAGACAGAACAAGAGUAUCAGGUAGCCGCAUCGGCAGGAUUUCAAGCAACCAAAGAGACUGGCGCAGUUGUACUAUCACAUCAAGUGCGCCACCAAGUUGCUCUCCCUGCAAAUUAUGCUUAUGUUCCCAUCUCUCAACACAAGCCCCCAGAGGAACCGGCGCGAACAUGGCCCUUCACCUUGGACCCUUUCCAACAAGUUUCAGUCUAUUCUAUUCAACGGGAAGAGAGUGUUUUGGUAUCUGCGCAUACGAGUGCAGGAAAGACUGUUGUGGCGGAAUACGCUAUUGCGCAGAGCUUGAAGAACAACCAGAGAGUCAUCUACACCAGUCCUAUAAAGGCACUGAGCAAUCAAAAAUACAGAGAAUUUGCAGCGGAAUUUGGAGACGUUGGUUUAAUGACUGGUGAUGUCACAAUUAACCCAACUGCAACCUGCCUUGUCAUGACAACGGAGAUUUUGAGAUCCAUGCUUUAUCGCGGCUCCGAAAUUAUGCGCGAGGUAGCGUGGGUCGUAUUCGAUGAAAUCCACUAUCUACGUGAUGCAAUUCGAGGGGUUGUUUGGGAGGAGACCAUCAUUCUCUUGCCGGAUAAAGUUCGAUAUGUAUUCUUGUCUGCCACAAUUCCAAACGCAAUGCAGUUUGCCGAGUGGAUUGUCAAGAUGCACAAUCAGCCCUGUCACGUUGUCUAUACAGACUUCAGACCUACUCCUUUACAGCACUACUUCUUCCCGGCUGGCUCAGAUGGCAUGCAUUUGGUCGUUGACGAAAAAGGUGCUUUCCGCGAAGAGAACUUCCAAAAAGCAAUGGCUCAGAUAGCGGAGAAGAAAGGGGACGACCCAGCGGAUGCCCUUGCAAAACGUAAGGGAAAGGGAAAGGACAAAAAGCUGAACAAGGGCGGCAAAAAGGAGACAUCUGAUAUCUAUAAAAUCGUCAAAAUGAUCAUGCUCAAGAAUCUCAAUCCGGUGAUUGUUUUCAGUUUCAGCAAGCGUGAAUGUGAAGCCAAUGCUUUGAAUAUGGCCACACUCUCGUUCAACGAUGAUUCCGAAAAGGAGAUGGUUUCUAAAGUCUUUGACAGUGCUAUUGAGAUGCUGUCCGAGGAAGAUAGGAAUCUCCCUCAGAUUCAAAAUCUGUUACCAUUAUUACGACGUGGCAUCGGUGUUCAUCAUUCGGGCCUGCUUCCCAUUUUAAAGGAAACUAUUGAAAUCCUGUUCCAGGAGGGUCUCAUUAAAGUCCUUUUUGCGACGGAGACGUUCUCCAUUGGGCUGAACAUGCCAGCUAAGACCGUUGUCUUCACAAGUGUCCGGAAGUUUGAUGGAACGGGGAUGCGAUGGGUGACCCCAUCCGAAUUCAUUCAGAUGUCUGGGCGUGCUGGCCGAAGAGGUCUUGAUGAGCGUGGUAUUGUAAUCAUGAUGGUCGGCGAAGAAAUGGAGCCCGCAGUCGCGAAGGAAAUUGUCCGAGGUGAACAAGAUCGCCUCAAUUCUGCAUUCCACUUAGGGUAUAAUAUGAUAUUGAACUUGAUGCGUGUGGAAGGUAUCUCUCCGGAAUACAUGCUGGAGCGUUGCUUUUUUCAGUUCCAAAAUACUGCUAGCGUUGCUGGCUUAGAGAAAGAACUUGGAGACCUCGAAUCUCAACGAGCUAGUAUGAACAUCACGGAUGAAGCAACAGUUCGAGAUUACUAUGAACUGAGGAAGCAACUCGCUCAAUUCACUGCUGACAUGCAGACUGUUAUCAGCCAUCCUGAUAUCUGUCUGCGCUAUCUCCAGUCAGGUCGACUUGUUCGGAUCAAGUAUCUAGAGUACGAUUUCGACUGGGGCGUUGUUAUAGAUUUCAAACGACGAAAGCAACCGAAAAAUUCUAAUGAAGAGCUCAGUCCUCAUCAGUCCUAUGUCCUUCAUGUUCUCUUGAAAGUAGCGGAUGGGUCUUCAGUGGGCACCCGUACUCAUUCCGAGCUUCCACCUGGCAUUCAUCCACCCGAAGAAGGCGAAGCAAGUCACUAUGAAGUUGUUCCGGUGCUUCUGAGCUGUCUCCAAGCCAUUUCACAUAUUCGAAUAUUCACUCCAAAAGAGGUACAAACACCAGAUUCACGGAACAGCAUCAAACGUUCUUUGGAGGAAGUCAAAAAGCGUUUCCCAGAUGGUAUCGCUAUGCUAGAUCCAAUUGAGGAUAUGGAAAUUAAGGAUGACUCUUUCAAGAAGCUUCUCAGAAAAAUCGAGGUUCUCGAAUCACGACUUCUAGCAAACCCUCUCCACAACUCUCCUCGGUUACCUGAGCUGUAUGAUCAAUACUCAGAGAAGGUCGAAUUGGGAACUAGUAUCAAGAAAAUCAAAAAGCAGAUCUCGGAAGCGAUGUCUAUCAUGCAACUUGAUGAGUUGAAGUGCCGAAAACGAGUCCUUCGUCGUUUCGGCUUUAUCAAUGAGGCAGAAGUGGUCCAGCUCAAAGCACGAGUAGCAUGCGAGAUUAGUACAGGCGAUGAAUUGAUGCUGAGUGAGCUACUGUUCAACGGUUUCUUCAAUAACAUGACCCCAGAACAAUGCGCUGCAGUGCUGAGUGUCUUCGUCUUUGAGGAGAAGACAAAGGAUACGCCGGAGUUGCGCAAGGAUGAGCUGGUGAAACCGCUGAAAGAAAUACAGGCCCAAGCUCGAAUUAUCGCCAAAGUAUCACUGGAGUCCAAGUUAGCGGUCAACGAGGAAGAGUAUGUCCAGAGUUUCCACUGGGAACUCAUGGAGGUGAUGUACGAGUGGGCGAACGGCAAGUCCUUCGCAGAGAUAUGCAAAAUGACCGAUGUUUUCGAAGGUAACUUGAUCCGUGUGUUCCGCCGUCUAGAGGAGUUGAUGCGGCAGAUGGCACAAGCGUCUAAGGUUAUGGGCAGCGAAGAACUCGAAGAGAAGUUUGAGACUUCGCUCACCAAGGUGCGGCGAGACAUUGUGGCAGCUCAAUCGCUGUACUUGUGAUCGGCCUAAAAGUGAUAAUUGUGCGGAGUGUACUUUGGCGCUGGCGUUGUUAGGUGCUUCUACCAGGCUUCUUAGUAUAGUAAUCAGUGAUCCCUUAGGACAUGCGGCCCUGAGCUGGGGUUUGGCUAUGUAUAUUUCUAUAGUAUCAUGAUAACCGAGUUUCGCAGUGAUGAAUCGACUGCAUAUAAUGAUCCGAAGAGUACGAAAUCAUUUGGACAAUUGGCAAUUAUAAAUUAAGAAUCGAAUAAGUUAAUAACAG